UUCCCAGUGACCUGACUGCAGAGGAGCGCCAGGAACUGGAGAACAUCCGGCGGAGAAAGCAGGAGCUGCUAGCCGACAUUCAGAGGCUAAAGGAUGAGAUAGCAGAAGUAGCUAAUGAAAUUGAAAACCUGGGGUCCACGGAAGAAAGGAAAAACAUGCAGAGGAACAAACAGGUAGCCAUGGGCAGGAAAAAAUUUAAUAUGGAUCCUAAAAAGGGGAUCCAGUUCUUAAUAGAGAAUGACCUGCUGAAGAACACCUGUGAGGACAUUGCCCAGUUCUUGUAUAAGGGUGAAGGGCUCAACAAAACAGCCAUCGGAGACUACCUGGGGGAGAGAGAUGAAUUUAAUAUCCAGGUUCUUCAUGCAUUUGUGGAGUUACAUGAGUUCACGGAUCUUAACCUUGUCCAGGCCUUACGGCAGUUCCUGUGGAGCUUCCGGCUGCCGGGAGAGGCCCAGAAGAUUGACCGGAUGAUGGAGGCAUUUGCCCAGCGCUACUGUCAGUGCAAUAACGGAGUGUUCCAGUCCACGGACACUUGUUAUGUCCUCUCGUUUGCCAUCAUCAUGUUGAACACCAGCCUGCAUAACCCCAACGUCAAAGAUAAGCCCACCGUGGAGAGGUUCAUUGCCAUGAAUCGAGGCAUCAACGAUGGGGGAGACCUGCCCGAGGAGCUGCUCCGGAAUCUGUAUGAAAGCAUAAAAAACGAACCCUUUAAAAUCCCGGAAGAUGAUGGGAAUGACCUCACUCACACUUUCUUCAAUCCAGACCGAGAAGGCUGGCUAUUGAAACUCGGUGGCAGGGUAAAGACUUGGAAAAGACGCUGGUUCAUUCUGACUGAUAACUGCCUUUACUACUUUGAGUAUACGACGGAUAAGGAGCCCCGUGGAAUUAUCCCUUUAGAGAAUCUGAGUAUCCGGGAGGUGGAGGAUUCCAAAAAACCAAACUGCUUUGAGCUUUAUAUCCCUGACAACAAAGACCAAGUAAUUAAGGCCUGUAAGACCGAGGCUGACGGGCGCGUGGUGGAGGGGAACCACACUGUCUAUCGGAUUUCAGCCCCUACACCUGAGGAGAAGGAGGAGUGGAUGAAAUGCAUCAAAGCAGCCAUCAGCAGGGACCCUUUCUAUGAGAUGCUAGCAGCGCGGAAGAAGAAGGUCUCCUCUACGAAAAGACACUGAGUCUGCGCAGCUAGUGGAGCUGGUGUGCAAGGCGUGUGAAGGCCCAGGUUCUUACUCAGGUCCCUCCCACAGACAGGAGCGGGCUGCUCAGCAGGAGCGUCGUCUUGCUAGGCAUGGCUCCGAUUCCUAGAGACUAGCUUCAGCUUUGGCUAUUUUUUUUUUAAGUGGGAGAAGGGUAGGCGGUUACCACUGGGGAGGAGUGACCUGAUGCCUGUCAAGCAUGGUUUUGAGCCUUUCUCUCUAGAAAGAGCAGAGCUCCUAUCAGCAAAGCAGCCUCCUUGCAAGUCUCUCCGCUCAGCAGGUCUGAUAGCAGAGCUCGGAGCUGACUGUUUACCUUUUGGUUAUUUCCCUAUGAAGACACCUUCAACCCUGCACCAUAAAUACAUGUAUUGAUAUAUUAUUCUAUGUUAAGAAAAAAGGUGGACUGGAAGAAGCCACGUACUAUAAAGAUAUAUUUUUGUUUUUUAGAAAAAGAAAAAGAUAAGGUAGACCUGUUCAGAUGCAUUCUGCCCGGUCUGGUUUGGGAGGCUUCUCCUGGAGAAGCAGCUCCCUAGGCCUCUGCUAGGGAGUGUCAGCUGUGGGCCUGGGGCUGGGCAGGCCCACCUCUCCUGCAUGUCUGGAAGCUGGGGGAGUGAGCAGAAGGGGUGGAGAGAGGGCAGGGAGGCAGCAGACACUCGAAGACUCAGGACUUGGCAGAGUCAGACUCUGGGAUCUGCGGUGCUGCGGCUGCUCCAGCUGAUGCUUUUCCGUUCCAAGUGCCUGGGGAGCCCUGAGGGGAGGAGAGAACCUCCUGGACACUUAACAUUGUUUUUCUUUUUCGGAAUUCAUUCUUCUUGGGCUUUAAAAUAGAAAGUCAGCAUUUUUCCUUGAGCUAAAUACCUAAUAACCAAAACUGUGAGGAAGGUAAUCCCAGCAGAGGUUCCGGGAUGACCUGACUAUUUCUUAUUUGGUUUUUCUUCCUCCUCCCCCAAAACUCCACUCCUCGUUUUAGAGGAUGGAGUAGGUCUUACCUGAUCACCGUAGGGCUUCAGCUUUUUCUGCCUCAAAACUGGCCCUUAACUGGACCACUCUCGAUGCAUUUGUGGUGGGCCCACUAGAGGGGGAAGUCGGCCUUUACCUGCUGAGCAGGGGCAGCUGGAACGAGAGGGUGAGAAGGCCAGCCUCUCAUAUCGCUUUUUUUCCCCCGCAAGACGUGUGUGAGUUGGCCUUGCCCCUCCUAAUUUAUGGUGUGAAGGGAGCCAUGAAAUGCAGCGUUCUCCUGCCGUUCUCUCAGGGACUCUCAGGGGCAGCUCCUGCCACUCAUCCAGGGCCCGGCGUGCCAGUCCAGGCAGAGCAGGGGCCUGGCUGGGCCAUCUCGGCCCGCCCUCUUCAAAUUGCCCAGGACCAGGCAGUGCAGAUGGCUGCUUCAUGGAAGAAGGCAGAGGCGUUGGUCUCCCCCAGGCAGUGUGACCCUGGCUUUUCUGACACCUUUAGGGUGGGCUCGCAUCUCUGGAAAUAGCUUUUGUAAAAGGGAGUGGUGGGAGGAGUAUUGGGGGGACUUUCUGGGGUCCCUGCUUCGUGUAGGUCUUACUUGGAAUGGCUUCAGGCAUGUUUAUGCCGGAGCUCAUGAGGGUGAUGGAAGAGGGUCCAGGCUGGAAACCUGAACUUGCUGGGCAGAGAACCAGUGUGGUGCCAGCCGAAGUCCAGGUGGUCUUGGGCUGUGCUGGAGCCCCUCCGGCUGGCCGACUCCCUGGCACUGUUUCUCAUGAAUAUUACCUAGACAGAGAGGCACCUGGAUCAGUAUUAGUCUAUUUAUCAGAGGUGUAAAUAAUCCAUGUAUAGUUUUUCUCCUUUUAGAUUAUUUUGUAUUUGUUUAAAAAUUUUGUCAAAAUAUAAAAUAUAAAGAAAUGACUGAAAGUUGUUGACAGGGUUUUUAAAAAUUAUAAUUAUUAUUACAAUUGUUUUUUGUUUGUUUUUUUUGUUUUUUUUUUGCAUUGUAAACUAGCGCCAAGGAGCUGCAGCAAAUAAACUCCAAAUCUGCCCAAACCACCGUUGUUGUCUGUGGCA